CCCGCAGGAUGUGUGAGGGUCCUCCCGCAGGAUGUGUGAGGGUCCUCCCGCAGGGUGUGUGAGGGUCCUCCCGCAGGGUGUGUGAGGGUCCUCCCGCAGGGUGUGUGAGGGUCCUCCCGCAGGAUAUGUGAGGGUCCUCCCGCACGCUGCUUCAUCUCCUUCGGCUAGACAAGAACAUGUCUGAACACUUACUGUGCUUUUACACUCAUCAGAAAUGUAGAUUAUCUUGCAUCAUGUCUAAAAAAAAACACUCUCAUGCUAAGUCUUUCACGACAAAAAUAUCUUUAAAGUUCUCACUGGAAACUGACAAAUAUCUCAUUUUUAAACUACUUUGAAUGAACUACUUGCAAUAUGUUCACCGUUCUUUGGGCUAUAUUACGUGUGUCUGUGCGUUGUCUUGCCGCUCUUACAGAGCAGGAUCGAAGACUCAAAUAUUUUAUUUUGAAAUGAACUUUGUGUUGCUGGCACUUCCGGUUGCGGUGUUCGUUUGCAAGUAGCAGCCUAAGAAGUCCUCUCUGCUCUCCUCUGUUAUGUCAGACCGUUUGCAAUAAAUCUGACGUGAAAAUGUCACAGAGUUUGGUAUUUUAUUCGCAAGCCAAAUUAAUUUUGGAGACUGUUAUUCACGGUUCUCUGGACUUACUCGGACCUACAAAAGAGGACACUUCCACGGAUCAAUCAUGUUUGAGAGUGAAGCCAGGGUUGGACAAAGCGGUGGACACGUUGGCUCGGGAGGCCAGCAGAAAGAUCGGCGCCGUUUUCCAGCAGCUGUUUGCGGCGGAGAACAAGGAGAAGCUGGCGCUGAGGGACAAGGUGUGUCAGCUGGAGUGCGAGCUGAAGGCCCUGACGGACAACUUUGACGACGCCAGAACGUGGAGAGAAAAUGUUCUGAAUGGAUGCCCCGUGCUGAACGAGCAGACCGGAUGGGUCUUCACCUUGAAGCCCUUUGGGACGCUGGUCAAAUCAGCCGAGGAAGAGUCGGCGGCUGCUGAUGGAGACGGUGGACAAGAUGAAGAUGUUGCAGACCAGACUGAGGAGGUGACAUCAUCGUCCAGCAGACCAGAAGGUGAUGUCGUCACGACCCCGCCCACUGAGCGUCUCCAAGCUGCGGUCCAGAAGAAGGUAUUCGAAUGUGACGUGUGCAGCAAGAGCUUCAGCCGCCAGCUUCACCUGACCAAGCACGCGGACACCCACAAGGAGCCCUCCGCCUGCCCCCGCUGCCCCAGGACCUUCCGCAACGCGGCCACGUUGGAGCGCCACCUGCUGCGGCACGAGGAGAGGGAGCGGCAGAGCUUCGCGUGCGCCCUCUGUGAGAAGGCCUUCAAGAGCAAGAUGCUCCUCAAGUCCCACGAACUGGUCCACCGAGACGCCCGGCCCUUCGCCUGCGCCGCCUGCGGCAAGGCCUUCAAGAGCCGCCAGCGCCUGCAGGCCCACCGCGUGGUCCACAGCGCCGACAAGCCGCACAAGUGCGAGGAGUGCGGCGAGGGCUUCCGCUACGCCGUGGCGCUGCGCGGCCACCGUAGCGUCCACACGGGCGAGUAUCCUCACAAGUGCGGCGUGUGCGGCAAGGCCUUCGCCAAGAAGCGCUCGCUGGGCACGCACAUGGCCGUGCACCGGGGGAAGAUGUUCACGUGCGAGACGUGCGGCGCCGGCUUCACGCUGCGGCAGAACCUCAAGAGGCACGCCCGCAUCCACACGGGAGAGCGGCCGUUCAAAUGCCACGUGUGCGGCGUGAGCUUCGUGCAGGACAAGCUGAAAGCCCACAUGCUGCUCCACGGCGCCUCCAAGACCUUCAUGUGCGACCUCUGUGGGAAGACAUUCCUCUACAACUGCCAGCUGCAGAAGCACCAGCAGCUGGUCCACCUGCCGGGGGACGGCCACGGUCAGGCGGCGCGCAGGCGGGCCGGGGCGCGCGCGUCCCGCACGGUCAUCUUCCGGCGGGACAGGACCACGGUGGAGGUGACGCCGUUCACCUGCCAGACUUGCCAGCGGGGCUUCCACUCGGCGGCCUCCCUCAAGAAACACGAGCAGGUGCACGCGGGCCGCACGCCGUACAGCUGCCACGUGUGCGGCAAGGCCUUCCUCUACAAAGCCACCUUCGACUACCACCUGAGGACGCACUCGGGGGAGCGGCCCUACGCCUGCGACGUGUGCGGCAAGACCUUCAUCAUCCAGCACGCCCUCAAGUCGCACAAACUGCAGCACACGGGCGAGAAGCCUCACAGGUGCGAGCAGUGCGGGAAGGCCUUCCGGGUCUACACCAACUACCGCCGACACCUGAGGAUCCACACGGGCGAGAAGCCGUACCAGUGCGAGGUGUGCGGCGUGCGCUUCCGGCAGCUCGGCCACGUCAAGUUCCACAUGCAGGUGCACACGGGGGAGCGGCCCUACGUCUGCCACACCUGUGGGCUCGGCUUCUCCGACUCCAGGCAGCUCAAGAGACACGCCUGCGCCCAGAACGCGCUGGUGACCUCGUACACGGGGUUUUGUUUCAUAAUGUCAGACUUGGAGGUGCGGGUGGUGUCCAUUUUGCAGCAAAUGGUUGACGCUACAGUGAGUGAAAUGAAGAAAGUUCUCGGUGCCUCAAUGAAGAAGAGUCCACAAGAAGAGUCACGGAGCGAGGACGAUGAGGUGGUCCUUCCUCUCAGCACAUUCAUGACGUCUCUGGCCCAAGAGGUGGUGGAGAAGAUCUGUCAGCUUUUCUACGAAUGUUCUUCUCUGGUGCCCUUUGAAGCGUCGCAGGGCGAAGCUGAGGUGGAGGAGCUGAGGAAGAGGCUGCGGGCGGCAGAGACCGACCUGAGUCUGUUGCUGACAGUAGGUCGCGAAGAGGAGACGGCGGAAGUGGAAGUCACCCUCGCCGAAGAAGAGGACGCUAGCUCCCUGCAGCACUUAAAGAAGAAGCGUGGCCGAGCUGGUGGGGUCAAGAGGUCGCCCAAGGGCAGAUCAUACAAGGAGAGUGUCCAUCUCGCACCAAUAGAGGACACGUGUGUUGUUGACCAGAGUUUAGAAGACAAUCAGCAGGAAGAUGCAAGUACUGCUGGACACACGAGAACAUCCAAACGUGCAGUCAGAGCGCGCCAUCGCGUGUGCAGACGUGGCCUCACAUACAGCUGCCAGUUCUGCCACAAGAGCUUCAGCAUGAACGGCAACCUGCAGCGCCACCUGCGCAUCCACACGGGGGCGAAGCCGUUCAGCUGCGACACCUGCGGCAAAAGCUUCAACCAGUCGAGCACGUUGAAAGGUCACCAGAGGAUCCACACGGGCGAGCGGCCCUUCGUCUGCAACACCUGCGGAAAGACCUUCAUCCAGUCAGAAACCUUGAAGAGUCACCAGAGGAUCCACACGGGCGAGCGGCCCUUCGUCUGCAACACCUGCGGCAAGGCCUUCACCCAGAAGAGCGCCCUGAAAACGCACCAGACGUUGACCCACAUCACAGACAAGAAGCAGGCCUGCGUGGCGUGCGGCGCCGCCAUGUCCUGCGCCGACUUGCUGGACGUCCACCUAGACACGCACCACGCCAGCGUCCCGUGCGAGUGCGUUCUCUGCGGCCGACUCUUGGACUCCGUCACGGAGCUUCGCUCUCAUCAGCAAGGCCACAUGACGCACACCUGCGACCUCUGCGGGAAGACCUUCAAGUCGCCAAGUUACUUAAACAGUCACCUGAAGAUGCACAGCGGUGGAAAGGUUUUCUCCUGCGACAUCUGCCCACGCUCCUUCACGCAGAAUAGCAGCCUCAAGUUACAUCAGUUGUUGCACACGGGAGAGAAACCCUUCGGCUGCGACACGUGCGACAAGCGCUUCAGCAAUCUGGGCAACCGGAACCGCCACCUGCGCAUCCACACGGGUGAGAAACCGUACAGCUGCAACACGUGCGGCCGCCGCUUCAACCAGAGCAACAGCCUGAAGGCACACCAACAGAUCCACAAGGGCCAGAAGCCAUUCAUUUGUGACAAGUGUGGCAAGGUCUUCGCCUACAUGAGGAACCUGAGGGACCACAAGUGCCUCUACGUGUGACCCCGCCUACGCUCUCUGCAAAGGUUAUCAAACAACUUUUACAGAAAUUACUUCAUCGUCACCUUUUUUUUAAUGAUUGCUACACCAAAAGACCUUCUGGUGCUGUUUGGAAUGUCCAAAAAUGAGGAUAGCUGGGCCAAAAGCUAUGAUGGUUUUAAUAGAAUGUGUGACUAACUAGUACUACUACUAUAGUUUUGCUUGUGUGCAAUUCAAGAAGUGUCAGUGUUUCACAAAGCAUUUGCUUGUGCAACAUUAAAGCAACAAGACCUUCAGUUUUUAUUUCCUAAUGAGCUCAAGGUAGCUUGUGUUUGAUGAAUGUUAGUGGUCUGAGCAUGGAGCCCUGUGGAACCCCAAAACUGACUUGGCAUUGCCUCUGGUUAAUGCAUUGUUGUUAAGUAGUAAACAAGGUGAAGGUGUGAAGUCUUCUACUUCAUUUAAAACACCUUUUUCAUUGUUCCUGUAACGUGUGUUGCAGUGAAGCGCUAGCUACCGUGACAGCACAACAAGAAUAAGUCACUUUAGUGCUGAACAUAUUGAUAAUUCCACAUCUAGUAUUUUCUUCCCUAAUUGGUUUAUCCA